AUUCUUACAAUCUAAACACACCAAAAAUGUUCAGCAAAAUCGUAGCCUUCGGCGCCCUCUUGGCUGCUGCCAACGCUGGUCUCUUGGGACAUGGCCACGCUGUGUCUUCUCAGAGCAUCAUCCGUCAUGACGAGAGCCAUGCUGCCCCCCUUCACUACGCGGCUGCUCCCGUAGCGCACUACGCCGCCCCCAUCGCCCACAUCGCCGCUGCCCCCGUCGCCCACUACGCCGCCGCUCCCGUAGCGCACUACGCCGCCCCCGUAGCCCACUACGACGGACACGACACCUACGCUCACCCCAAAUACGACUACUCUUACUCCGUGGCUGACCCUCACACCGGUGACCACAAGUCCCAGCACGAGAGCCGCGACGGUGACGCCGUGCACGGAUACUACUCUCUGGUGCAGCCUGAUGGCUCCGUGCGCAAGGUCGAGUACACCGCUGACGACCACCAUGGUUUCAAUGCUGUCGUGCACAACUCCGCCCCCGCCGUCCACCCCGCCCCCGCUCCCGCCCACGGCUACCAUCACGAGUCCAUUGACAUCAAUCAGCAUUUGAUCGUUGCAAACAAUACAACAAAAAUGUUCAGCAAAAUCGUAGCUUUGAGCGCCCUGUUGGCCGCCGCCAACGCUGGUCUCUUGGGCCAUGGCCACGCUGUGUCCUCCCAGAGCAUCAUCCGUCACGACGAGCCAGCACACUACGCUGCUCCCGUAGCGCACUACGCCGCGCCUGUUGCCCACUACGCUCCCGUAGCGCACUACGCUGCUCCCGUAGCGCACUACGCCGCUCCCGUGGCUCACUACGACGGACAUGACACUUACGCUCACCCCAAAUACGACUUCGCGUACUCCGUGGCCGACCCUCACACCGGUGACCACAAGUCCCAGCACGAGAGCCGCGACGGUGACUCCGUGCACGGAUACUACUCUCUGGCCCAACCUGACGGUUCCAUCCGCAAGGUUGAAUACACUGCUGAUGCCCACAACGGUUUCAACGCUGUGGUGCACAACUCCGCCCCCUCGGUCCACCCCGCCCCCGUCCACGGACAUGCUUACCAUCAUUACUGAGCGAUCAAUAACUGACUGUGAUAUUUCUUCAUAUUUAUUUCUGUAAAUAAUGUACUUAU